AUUAUCUGUGAGUCAGGAAAAGUGGACCUGCGAGAACAGAAUAUCGUUGACAUUGAAGAACUUGUGGAGCUUUGUACCCGUAUGGAAGAGGCUUGCGCGGGAUUCACAAGGUUUGAUUUCUGUCAGAUCUUGGAUGCUACAGAGAAUUUCUCAGAGAAGAUGAUAAUUGGAUGGGGAGGAUUUGGGAGGGUGUACAAGGGCCAGUUGCCUGGUGGACUUAAUGUUGCCAUCAAAAGAGCCGAUGAGCACGCAGCAAUGGUUGAAGUCAACAGUGAAUUGCAGCUUGCAAAGCUUCAGCAUGCCAAUGUGAUUCGGUUAUUGGGGUGGUGCAUCCAUGGGAAAGAAAGGAUUCUAGUAUAUGAGUUCAUGCAAAAUGGUUCCUUAGAUCGUUACCUAUGCGACAGAAGAAAAGGGCCGUUGCUACACUGGUCUAGGCGAUUCAAGAUAAUUACAGGGUUAACAGAGGGAAUUGUUUACCUGCAUAAGCACUCCAUGUUCUGGCUUGUCCACAGAGACUUGAAACCACAUAAUGUCCUCUUGGAUUGUAACAUGAUCCCAAAGAUUGCUGAUUUUGGAUCAGCUAGAGCACUGAGUUCAGAUGUAGCAGAAGAGCGCACGAGUAGGGUCGUGGGAACCAGUGGUUACAAGGCUCCAGAGUAUGCAUCUCGAGGAGUUUACUCGCUGAAGACAUAUGUUUUCAGCUUUGGCGUUUUGGUUCUGGUGAUUAUUAGUGGCCGAAAGAAUACCAUACUUGACAAGCGAGGGGAUACUGUUGGUGAUCUUGUACGAGAUGCCUGGCGCACGUGGAAGGACCAAAGGUUGCAUGAGCUUGUGGAUCCGUUGUUAGGGGAAAGAUAUGAAGCCGCUGAGAUAACGAGAUGCGCUCAGGUGGCACUACUUUGCUCUCAGGAAGAUCCAGCAGAUCGGCCCACCAUGACAGAUGUUGCUGCAAUGCUGAACUCUGAAAACAUAAGCUCACCGAUGGAGCCUAAGCAGCCCGCCGCGCUAAUCCAUGGGUGUGCCGACAUAGACACGACAUCGACAUACGUGGGCCGAUCAAGCAGGACAAUAGACAUAAUGAUAACGAGUUCAGCUCCAGUGUCGACCACGGUUCGAAUCAUUCUAGACCCGGAGGUUUGA